AUGACCAGACAAUAUUCACUAUGGCAAUUGGAGCCAGUGAGCACAAAAAUCAAACAAAAAUUGUGCGAACCAAUUGCAAAAGGAGGUGCUGAUUUGAGUCUGGAUCAAGUUUCUUCAUUAGAUGGCAAAACUCUUUACUCCAUUGCAAAAGAUGUAGUCUCUUCCAAUGGUGAAUCAUCUGGGGUCAUUAGAAAUCUUGAUAUGAAUUUGGUUACAACAAUUGCUCAGUGGGUCAACCAAUUUCUACUACAAAACAAUAUAAUUCAAAUUGAACUUCGGAAUUUCGACGUUCUUGCUGAAUAUAUUAACCACAAAAUUUCUUCCAUUUUCGAACAUUCUAUAGCUACAUGGAAAAAUAAGACAUUGAAAGAAGAGAAACGUCAAAAAGAAAUUUUACAAGACUUGUAUAAAUCUCCUCUCCUUCCAGACCACCUUAACGGGUUCCAAGAACAUGAUUUUAAGAAAUGGACUUCACAUUGGGACUCUAAACGAAUUCCAGAAAACAAAGGAGAAGAACUCAGAAAAUUGCUAUCAACAGACGCACCGGUUGGGCGAGGUCAUGACUAUGGUUACUCGCUUCUUUGCUUUUUAGAUUUGACAACAUCAGGGAAAACUUAUACAAUUUUCAAUUUGGCUAAUUCAACGCCAACUGAAAAGAUGUAUCAAAAGUUUUUUGUGUUGUACGUGACCUAUAAAUCAAGGAUAUUCGAUGCAUUGGCGUACACUCAACGUGCUCAUGUAUGCUCACCAGAAGAAGCUGUUUCUUUUCUGGCCUUAGCGAGUCAUAUAGUCAUGAAACAUCUUGCAACUCGUCAUCCAAACAUUACAUCCUUAGAAUUUCUUCAAUUUAUGAGAGAUGGAGGAGAAGAAUUGAUUGUUGAUAUUUUUAAUGUAUUACUUCAGACAAAACCAACAUUUGAUUCUCAAAGACAAAACGUAAAAUACACAGACGAACUACGGGACCUUGGAAUUAAGGUUGUUUUUGCUUUUGAUGAAGCGAGGACAACCUACAACAUUACCAAUGCAUCUAUUAACAUCACAGGCGAUGGAAGAGAGUUUGUUAGAACUAUUACUGGUACUUUGGAUCCAUGGUUUUUCGGGAAUGUCAAGGAAAUGUUGUUUCACAAAUUCAAUUUAGAAACUUGGGUGAAACAAUAUCCCAAACUCUUUGAUAUGAUAUGCUAUUUGUUAGCAGGAUCUCCUGACAAGGUUUCAUUAUUUCAUAGACAUUUACUCGAAUCUAACAAAGAGUCUGUAACUGAAAAAUUAAUGGACAGCUUAGAUCAGGUUGUUAUGAGUUACAGGGAGCUGAUGAAAGACCGUGUGACAAAGUUUUUAGACGAUUCUUCUCUUGUCGAUAGAUUUGAUGUGUUACUGACAUUAAUUUUUGGACAGGGAUUGGUUUUCCGGUCUGAAAAUGUUCAGAAUAAUUGUAAAUUUGUCUCUGCCCUUAUUGAAAAAACCAUUGCUCCUGUUGUCAAGGUUGGACAGAAAAAGCAAAUAUUUGAAAUUAUUGAUCCAAUUGCUUUUGCAACAUAUUUUACUCAUAUUUUUGAGAAUAAUAGACAACUAGUUUGGAAUUUUCUUAAAGAAAUGAUUUGCGUACAAAAUGGCAAACCUGCCCUUGGAGAUGGCUUUGAAGCGUUUAUUGUGUUGUUAUUACUUGAAGAAAGCGAGAGGUUACAAAAGUCCCAGCUACCAAUGACACAAAGUCCACUCUUUUCAAAGCUAAAGGGAAUUGGAGAUUUCGAUAAUUACUAUCUUGACCUAAAGACAUUCAUUAAGAACAAGGUACAAAGUUCUUUAGCCCAAGACACAGGUAUACCAGGAGCGUGGUUUUCUUUACUUAAUGAAGAAUAUUUGAGCAGCAAUUGGCUAUCAACAGCUAUUGUUAAACCAAACAAUCAAAUGAGACCAGAUGGAAUAUUUUUUUUAAAAAGAGGUGAAUUAACAAAGCACUCAAUUUGCUCACUCUAUGCUUGCACGUUAGUUGCAGAUCCUGUUUCAGAUGUAACACAACCAAACAAAGCCAUUCAUAGCUUCAUGAUAACAGAUCCCAAAAAUAUUGGAACAACAAAAAAAGGAGACACCUUUUUGGAAGGGUUAAAAAUCGAUACACAAGACAAUCUAAAACAUCUUAACAUGGAAGAUAUGUCUUGCUGGGUUUUGGGUUUGGUUUAUUCUGCCAACAUUUUGCCCGAUUAUUGGGUUCAAAAAAUUAAAGUAAUCUUUAUUCAAGUCUUCUACACUUUCCAACUCUCUUGUAGGAAAAAUGCGUCGGCACUCAAAAAAAUUUUCAAAUCGCUCGGAGGUGGUCCCUCAAGGACUCACUCAAGGACAGCAACCAAUUCAGCAUUUUUGGUAACUCUGAGUGGAUACCUAGUGAUGAUGACUCGUGAAUGA